AUGAAAAUAUAAUUAAUUAAAAUAUCUGAAGGUUUUAGUUAAUAUGAUUAUUAAUAAAUCAAAGACAAUUUGUAAAUGAUUUAGGAAUGGUAUAAAUAUUCAAACAAUCAAGAAGAAAUCAUGAUGUAGAAUGAAAUUGGUAUUUUUACAUUUUUAUUAUUAAUAGGAACUUAAUUAUAAUUAUUCAUUAAUAUAUUUAAUUGUUCUACUUAGAAUAAAAAGAAUGAUUCAAACUUUGGAUUUAGAAAACAAUUAAUAAUAAAGUAAGAGUAUUUAACAAGAUUAUUAAAUAACACUUGA